AUCGUUCAAAAAUGACGCUUUACUAAGUACAAGUACAUUAUCGACAUUUGAAUCCACGGAGAGAAAUGGCUGAAGAUUCCGGUAACGAAGACAAUUGGUUGUAUGGAGAUUCAAAUGCAGAACCAACCGAAGAAAAUACACCUGGUAUUGAAGACACCCAAGAACCGCAAGGUCAAGAAGAAGAAGAAGAACCACCACCAGAAAAUACUGAACCACCGGAACAUGAAGAAAAUAUUCUACCAGAAGUAAAUGAGGGUACUGAGGAUAAUCCUCCUCCAGCUGAUACAAACGGUGAACAAGAAAAUGACGCUGAAGAUAAAUUAGAUUCAGAGGACGAUGAUAGUGAUGACGAUAUUAAUGUUGUUAUUGGGGAUAUCAAAACUAGUCCUGCAUAUCCUAGUUUAAAUAUCAAACGGGGUAAUUUAAUUCAAGCGACCUCAGGGGGUGAUAAAUCAAAAUCACAACCUGGAAAGUUUUCAAUCGAUGAAUUUGAAAGUGUUGGAGCUAUCAACGGUGUACCCGCUCAAGAAUUUAAUUUAGAUUCAUUAGAGGAUAAACCAUGGCGAAAACCUGGUGCGGAUAUAACCGAUUACUUUAAUUAUGGAUUUAACGAAGAUACAUGGAGAGCGUAUUGUGAGCGACAAAAAAGAAUGCGAGUACAUGAAUCUGGAGCUGGUUUGUUACCAAUGAAUCCAGGUGGCUUAAUAAGAUCUGCAACAAGUAUUACAAAUGAUAAUAGUAAAUAUUCCGGUAAUUAUACCGGUCCACGGAAAGCUGGACCACCACCAGGUCGUAGAAUGAUGGGAUCAAUCGAUGUCAUUGGUGGUAAUUCUGGGCUUGCAAGUCGACGUGUUAUUGAAACAGUUAAAACUGUAUCGCCUAAAGUAAAUGUCAUACAAGUUAUGACUGCUGAUCGAAGAGAAUAUAAUCGAAAACCCGCACAGUUUCCAGAUGUUUCGGUACCUCCUCCCGGUGGUAAUAAUUUCGAUCCAUCAUUCAAUAACUAUCCCGGUGACUUUUAUUCAGGGGAAGCUGAUCCGUAUUAUCAAAGCUAUGAGCCCACACAAGAACAACAAUGGGGUAAUGAUCCAACAUGGACACCAAAUGAUAUUAAACAGUUGACACCAGGCCCAUCUAUGUUAACACCAGUGAAUACGAUCAAUAAUCAAGGAAUGAUUCCACCAGGACCCAUGAACAUGAAUAUGGGUCCAACACCAACCAUGGUACCACCACCUAGAAUGUCUGGUCCUUCACAGCAUGAACAGGGCAAUUCAGAAUCACCGCUAGUUGAAUCACACUCACAAGAUAGUUUUAAAAGAGAACGAGAAAGUAAAGAAAGAUCCCCAAUACGAGAACGUGAUCGUGAUCGAGAGAGUCGAUCACGUUUUGAAAAAAAUGAUAGACAUAGAGAAAGAUCACAUAGACGUGAACGAUCACGAAGUCGAUCAAGGCGACAUAAAAGUAGAUCACGUUCGCCUUCACAUCGAUCUCAACACAAGAAGAAGAAGUCUAAACGUCAUGACAAAAGUGAUAGUGAUUAAAGGGAGAUUUAAGUGAUUUUUUUCUUUUUUUUUAUGCUUAAGGUUUCUUUU